UUGAUGGAAAUUGUUCUCUGGAGCAGUUUCGAAUCGGUUUCUCUCCUGCUGGCAGUAGACAGCCGCUAACCAUCCUUACCAACCUCAUCUUGACAAACUUAACUACCUAGUAGCCUAGUCCAUCAUGGUAACUGCAGUUCUUAGUCUACGCGUUGGACGCUUCGAAGAAAACUAAAACUUCUGUUUUCUCGUGUUUUUAAUGUUACAGUUAAAUAUGCGCGCUUAUGUCGCUUGGAUUCUCAUGUGUGGAGUGACAGCAGGAACUUCGUUCAACGUCUCGGAGGAGAAGACGGACUGCCCCCUAGGAUAUUUCCCUUGUGGCAACCUGAGCAUGUGUCUGCCCCAGCUCAUGCACUGCAACGGCGUCGAUGACUGUGGAAAUGAAGCGGACGAGGAGAACUGUGGAGAUAACAACGGUUGGCCCCAUCUUUUUGACAAGUAUUUUGGGAUGCCCAACAUCGACAUCGGGACCAAGUCUGAUAAAUGCUUGCUGGGGGUUGUUCCAGAGCCGUGCCAGUGCAGAGACCUUGAGCUGGACUGUGAUGGCGCCCAGUUUCAUCAUGUCCCAGCAGUGUCCAUUAACGUCACCAUGAUGUCCCUGCAAAGGAACCGACUCCGGAUAUUGAACGGCGACAUAUUCUAUAAGUACCAGAGUCUUCAGAAACUAUAUCUACAACAUAACAGAAUCCGAGCUGUGAGCCCUAAUGCAUUCAGAGGACUGUACAAUCUAACAAGACUAUAUUUAAGCUACAACAAGAUAUCCAUCCUGAUGCCUGGGGUGUUCCAAGAUCUACACAAACUGGAGUGGUUGAUCCUUGAAAACAACAGUAUCCAUCAGAUAUCCCACACCACCUUUUCAGGCUUGCGCUCCUUGGUACUCCUGGUUUUGUUGAACAACGCUCUGACAAAGCUAGAUGACAUCUGCCUGGAAAUGCCAAGACUAAACUGGCUGGACAUGGAGGGGAAUCAAAUCGAAAGUGUUGGAAAUGUAACAUUCUGGUCGUGCAACAUGAUGACUGUGCUUGUCCUACAGAGUAACAGAAUCAGUCACAUACAUGAACAGGCUUUUUCAUUUCUACAAAAACUUGGGGAAUUAGAUCUGUCCAGCAACAGACUCCUGGCAAUCCCUCCCAAUCUCUUUGUUCAUCUGGGAGAUUUACUGCAGCUGAACAUCUCGUAUAACCCUAUCGUGGAUCUGCAAGUUGACCACUUUGAUAACUUGCAUAAAUUGAAAUCAUUGAGCAUAGAGGGAAUCGAGAUUGGAAACAUACAAAGAAGGAUGUUUGAACCACUCAAACACUUGACCCACAUUUACUUUAAGAAGUUCCAGUACUGCGGGUACGCCCCUCAUGUGCGCAGCUGCAAGCCCAACACGGACGGUAUCUCCUCCUUCGAGGACCUCCUGGCCAACAUCGUCCUGAGGGUCUUCGUCUGGGUGGUGUCAGCCACCACGUGCUUCGGCAACAUCUUCGUCAUCUGCAUGCGCUCCUACAUCCGAUCGGAAAACAAGCUCCAUGCCAUGUGUAUAAUCUCCUUGUGUUGUGCCGAUGGCCUGAUGGGCGUCUACCUCUUCAUGAUCGGCGCCUACGACCUCAAGUUCCGCGGCGAGUACAACCGCCACGCCCAGGCCUGGAUGGACAGCGAGCAGUGUCAGGUGAUCGGCUCCCUCGCCAUGCUCUCCACUGAGGUCUCCGUCCUGCUGCUCACCUACCUUACCCUGGAGAAGUACAUCUGUAUCGUCUACCCCUUCCGGUAUCUAACCCCUGGCCGCCGGCGCACCGUCUCCAUCCUCCUCAGCAUCUGGUUCAUUGGCUUCGUCAUCGCCUUCCUCCCACUGGUCUUCAAAGGAUUGUUCCGGAACUUCUAUGGUACCAACGGCGUGUGUUUUCCGUUACACUCGGAGCAGCCCGAGACGACGGGGGCGCAGGUGUACUCCAUCGUCAUUUUCCUAGGCCUGAAUCUGGUUGCGUUCCUCAUAAUCGUAUUGUCCUACGGGAGUAUGUUCUACAACAUCCAGAGGACAGGGACACAGACGACUAAAUAUAGUAACCAUAUCAAAAAGGAGGUGACCAUAGCCAAGAGGUUCUUUUCCAUCGUCAUCACAGACUCUCUUUGCUGGAUACCCAUCUUUGUCCUCAAGAUUCUAUCACUGUUGCAGGUGGAGAUUCCAGGAACCAUCAGCUCCUGGGUGGUGAUCUUCAUCCUGCCCAUCAACAGUGCCCUCAACCCCAUCCUGUACACCCUGACCACACGGCCAUUCAAAGAGACCAUCCUCCAGGUGUGGGCCAACUACAGGCAGAGGAGACCACUAAUGAGCAGCCACCCAGCCCACCACCCCUCAUUAACGUUGCAGGAGAUGUGGCCGCUCCAAGAGAACAGCCAGACCCUGACUUCGCCCGGCGACUACCUGACGCAUCCCUUGGAGAUGUCCUGCACAAUAUCAGGCACGUCUCAGCUACUGCCUGUGGAAAGUACAAAUGCCGAAUAAUGCCCUUCAGGUUCAAACAUUUGUUUUAUGCCGACGUUUCAUGUGCAAUAGUAUGUUGAUUGUUGUAGAGUUGAUAAACUUUUUCCACUGUGAUUUAUACAGACAUACAUUUUACAUUACAUUUUAGUCAUUUAGCAGACGCUCUUAUCCAGAGCGACUUACAGUUAGUGA